UGACAUCUCUUUUUUAAUAAAAAAAUUUCUAUGAAAUUUAAAAAAAAUAAAUUUGGUUUUUGAUAAAAAUACAUUUAUCAAAAUGGUACAACAUAAACAUCAUACUCCACGUUUAACUCCAAAACAUUUAGAUCCAAAAUGUUUAAUGUUUUCUAUGUUUACUGCAAAUGAUAUAAGAAAUUUAAGUGUUGCUAAAAUAAGAACACCUUUAUCAUUUAAUAUUUUGGGGCAUCCACUAAAAGGAGGUUUAUAUGAUCCAGCAUUAGGUCCUCUUUUAGAAAGUUCAGAUCCAUGUGGAACAUGUGGAUGCAAUGUAUUCAAAUGUCCAGGUCAUUUUGGACAUAUAGAAUUACCUAUGCCAGUUAUAAAUCCAUUAUUUCAUAAAGGAUUAUGUAUGUUAAUUAAAUUAGCAUGUUUAAAUUGUUUUAAUUUACAAAUUCCAUCUUAUGUGAAAUUAUUACUCUCUGCAAAAUUGAAAUUACUUCAACAAGGAUAUCUCAGUGAUCUUGAAAGUUUAGAACAAGAAGUAAUGAUUGUUGUUUUUAAUUCAGAUAAUCCUUAUGAUGUUGAUAUACAAUCUGUUCAAAAUGUUAUUGACAAUUAUAUUGAAAAUCUUUUUAAUAAGCAAAGAUUUAAUCAGUCUUUUGUACAAUACAAUGAAACUGACAUAAACACCAAAAAUAUUAAUACACAAUGGCAUACUUGUGUUGAAAAUGUUCUUAAACAAUAUACAACACCGAAAAUUUGUGUAUAUUGUGAAGAACCCAUAUCAAAAAUCACAACAUUAAAAAAUAAAAUAAUGACAACUAAAAUAUCUAAUCUACCUAAUGAAACAAUGCAAUCACGUGGUGUAAUACAUAAAUUAGAAACUGUAAUGAUAAUGCCAGAUCAAUCUAAAGAUUAUCUUAGAAAACUUUGGCAAAAUGAAAAAAAUUUUUUAAAGAUUAUUAUACCUUGCUUUGGAAUGGUAGAUAUUGAAUAUCCAACUGAUAUAUUUUUUUUUGAAGUAAUACCAGUUCUACCACCUAUAGUAAGACCAGUUAAUUUUAUUAAUGGACAAAUGAUAGAACAUCCACAAUCUCAAGUUUAUAAGAGUAUCAUUCAAGAUUGUCUUGUACUUCGAAAUAUCAUUCAAACAAUUCAAGAUGGUGAUACAGAACAAUUACCAGAAGAGGGAAAAGUUGUUUAUGAUCACAUAAAAGGUAAUACAGCAAUUGAAAAAUUGCAUAAUGCUUGGCAAAAUUUGCAAGUAAAUGUAGAUCAUUUAAUGGAUCGUGACAUGAAUAGAACUGCAGAUUCUGCAAAUUGUCAGGGACUAAAACAAGUUAUAGAAAAAAAAGAGGGAAUUAUUAGAAUGCAUAUGAUGGGUAAAAGAGUUAAUUUUGCUGCUCGGUCAGUUAUUACUCCAGAUCCUAAUUUGAACAUAGAUGAAAUUGGUAUUCCUGAAGCUUUUGCAUUGAAAUUAACAUAUCCAACACCAGUUACACCUUGGAAUGUUGUACAAUUAAGACAAUUAGUUUUGAAUGGCCCGAAUAUUCAUCCUGGAGCAGUAAUGAUUGAAAAUGAAGAUGGAAGUAUACAACGUAUUUCUACUUCAGAUGCUAUUCAAAGAGAGGCUAUUGCAAAACGUCUUUUAACAACAAGUGAUAAAGCAAAUAAAUUUUUUAAAGGCAUUAAAAUUGUACAUAGACAUUUACAAAAUGGAGAUAUUCUAUUAUUAAAUCGUCAACCAACUUUGCAUAAACCUAGUAUUAUGGCUCAUAAAGCACGUAUUUUAAAGGGAGAAAAAACAUUACGUUUACAUUAUGCUAAUUGUAAAAGUUAUAAUGCAGAUUUUGAUGGUGAUGAGAUCAAUGCUCAUCAUCCUCAAAAUGAACUAGCCAGAAGUGAAGGUUACAAUAUAGCAAAUGUAUCUAAUCAAUAUCUUGUACCUAAAGAUGGUACUCCAUUAAGUGGCCUUAUUCAAGAUCAUAUAAUUUCUGGUGUCCGUUUAACAGUAAGAGGAACAUUUUUUUCACGCGAAGAUUAUAUGCAACUAGUUUAUGCUGCUUUAUCUACAAUACAGGAUAAUAUAAUUCUUCUUCCUCCUAGUAUUAUAAAACCAAUAGCUUUAUGGUCUGGUAAACAAAUUAUAUCAACUGUUAUCAUUAAUAUUAUUCCACCAAAUCAAGCACGUAUUAAUUUAACAGCAAGUGCCAAGAUCAAUGUAAAACAAUGGCAAAUUGAAAAAACAAGACAUUGGAAAUGUGGUACUGAAUUUUCAAAUCCCAAUACAAUGUCAGAAGCUGAAGUAAUAAUACGAAAUGGAGAACUAUUAUGUGGUGUACUUGAUAAAACACAUUAUGGUGCAACUCCAUUUGGUCUUGUACAUUGCAUUUUUGAAUUAUAUGGAGGAACAUGUUCUGCAAAAUUAUUAAGUGCAUUUGGUAAAUUAUUUCAAGCAGCUUUACAAAGAAAUGGAUUUACACUUGGCAUUGAAGAUAUUUUAUUAUUAAAAAAAGCAGAUAAGAAACGCAAAGAAAUUAUUUCUAAUUGUAGGAAAAUUGGUGAAAAUAUUCAAAAAUCGGUGUUGGAAUUACCUAAUGAUACACCUAUGGAUAUAGUUACAUCUAAAAUGGAAGAAUCUUAUUGGAAUGAUCCUAAAUUUCGCACUCAAGUCGAUCGAAAAUACAAAAGUGCAUUAGAUAUUUAUACUAACGAUAUAAAUAAAAUAUGUUUACCAGCUGGUCUUUUGAAAAAAUUUCCAGAUAAUAAUUUACAAUUAAUGGUUCAAUCUGGUGCAAAAGGUUCCACUGUAAAUACUAUGCAAAUAUCUUGUUUACUUGGACAAAUUGAAUUAGAAGGGAAAAGACCACCUUUAAUGAUUAGUGGAAAAAGUCUUCCAAGUUUUCCUGCAUAUGAUCCAACACCAAGAGCAGGUGGUUUUAUUGAUGGUAGAUUUAUGACAGGAAUUAAACCUCAAGAAUUUUUUUUUCAUUGCAUGGCUGGUCGUGAAGGUCUCAUUGAUACUGCUGUGAAAACUAGUAGAUCAGGAUAUUUACAAAGAUGUCUUAUUAAACAUCUUGAAGGAUUAGUUAUUAAUUAUGAUUCAACAGUACGAGAUUCAGAUGGUAGUUUAGUACAGAUUUAUUAUGGAGAAGAUGGACUAGAUAUACCAGGUUCACGAUUUUAAAAAAGAACAAUUAAAUUCUUGAUAGAUAAUAAAAAUGCGAUUAUAAAUGAAGAAAUGAUAAAAAAUUUAAAAGAAGAUUCAGAUACAGAUAAAAUUUUAAAAUUGGUAAAAAAAAUUAAAAAAUGGGAAAAUAAAAACGGAAAUGCAUUACAAAAGAAAAGAAUUAGUCCAUUUACAAGAUUUUCAAUGGAAAAUAUGAAUAUUAAGAAUUCAAAAUAUAAAGAAAUUGAUAAACAAAGUGGGAGAAGCAAAGCUGCUGUUUCAUAUAUGAGAAAAUGGAUAAGAACUACUGAAGAGGAUAAAAAAUGGAUAUACAAUGAAUGUAUUAAAUGUCCUGAUCCAGUAAUGUCAAAAUAUAGACAAGAUAUAGACUUUGGUGUACUUUCUGAACGAUUAGAAAAUUUAAUAGAUGAAUAUUUAACUAAUAAAUCUAAAAAUUUUAUUAUAAGGAAGAAAGAUUUAAGAGAUCUUUUAUCUAUGAAAGUAAUGAAAGUUGUGUGUCCACCUGGUGAACCAGUAGGUUUAUUAGCAGCACAAUCAAUAGGAGAGCCAUCAACACAAAUGACUUUGAAUACUUUCCAUUUCGCUGGUCGUGGAGAAAUGAAUGUUACUUUGGGUAUACCUAGAUUACGAGAAAUAUUAAUGAUGGCAUCGAAAAAUAUUAAAACACCUAGCAUGGAAAUACCAUUUCGAAAAGAUUUAAAAAAUAUAAUAAAACGCUCAAAUAAAUUAAAAUUAAAGUUAACCAAAUGCAUUUUAUCAAAUGUUUUAGAUAAUAUUAUUGUUACUAGAAAAAUGGAGCAAUGGCCUAAAAGACAAUUAGUAUAUACUAUAACUAUUAAUUAUCUUCCACAUAAAUCUUAUAAAGGAGAAUUUUGUGUUCAACCACAUGAAGUAUUAAAAAAAACUGAAGAAGUAUUUUUCAAAGAAAUAUUUAAAGAAAUUAAAAAAGUUGCUAAAAUAACAGGUGCUUUAUUACAUGUUGAAGAAGAAAAAAAAUCUCUAUAUGAAGAUGAUGUUUUAUUAGAUCAAAUAGAACCUGAUCAAGGAACAGAAUCUAUAUUGAAACCACAAACAAAUUUAGGAGAAAUGCAUGAAUCUUCUGAUGAAGAAGCAGCAGCAGAGGAUGCAGAUGCAACUUUAAUACGAACAAUUUCACGUCAUAGAGAAAAUCAAGAAUAUGAAGAUCCAGAAGAAGAGGAAAUGGAAGACAUAAAUGAAAAAGAAGAUGAUAUUAUAGAAAACGAAACAGAAAAAUUAAGAAUUGAAGUCCCAGAACAAAAUGAAGAUCAAGAUGAUGACAUAGAAAAUGAGAAAUCAGAAUGUAUUACAAAUGAAAUAUAUAAUAUACAAAGAAAGAAGAAUAUUAGAAAUAUGUAUGUUCAUGCAUUAGAAUAUGAUUAUGAUGAGGAAAAAUUUACAUGGUGUAAAUUAACAUUUUGGUUACCUCUUAAAAUGUUAAAAUUAGAUUUACCAACAAUAAUUAAAAAUGUUGCAAAUAGAGUUAUUUUAUGGGAAGUACCUUGUAUAAAACGUGCUUUUACAUUUCAAAGUAAUAAUGGAGAAACAAUUCUUAAAACUGAUGGUAUUAAUAUCAUAGAAAUGUUUAAAUAUGAUAAAUCUUUAAAUUUGAACCAAUUAUAUUCUAAUGAUAUUUAUAGUAUUUCUCAAACAUAUGGUAUUGAAGCUGCUAACAGAGUUAUUAUAAAAGAAGUGAGAGAUGUAUUCAAGAUGUAUGGAAUUACAGUUGAUUCUAGACAUCUGUCUUUAAUUGCAGAUUAUAUGACUUUUGAUGGUAGAUUUCAACCUCUUAGUCGUAAAGGAAUGGAAGAAGCAGCAUCUCCUUUACAACAAAUGAGUUUUGAAAGUUCACUUAAUUUCUUAAAAAAUGCAGCUUUACAAGGAAAACGAGAUAAUUUGGAAUCUCCUUCUAGUCGAUUAAUGUUAGGUCAACCUUGCAAAUCUGGUACUGGAAUAUGUUCAUUAUUAGUGAAAAUACAUAAACAAGAGAACGGUGCAAUUGUAUAAAUGUAUUAAAUAUCAAUAAUCCUAUAUUUAAUAAUGUACUAGUUAUAAUUAUAUGCAAUUAUAUAAAUAUAUAAAUAAAUUUAAUAAUUAAUUUUUUACAUUAUUAGAUAAUAAGAUAAAAAAUAUUGAUGCAUAUUUUUAUAAGCUGAUUAUAUUUUAUUUUGCAAACAAAAUAUGUAUAAUAAAAUUGACAAUGUAUUAA